GCCAAUCACAUUCACCAAAGCGAGUAGCAAAGCAAGAAAGCACUUAUCUAGUUUUCUUUCAUGUUCUCUUGAAUAUAGUAGGCAGUGAUAAUUUAUUUUGCUUCAUUUCAUUAUUAGACAUAAACAUUUAUCUGGAUUUCUUAUCAAUUUAGAAAAAGCUAUAAUUUGCGUCUACAAUCGAAUAGUUUUAAGUAUUCCGAAGCAAUAACGAAAACGAAGCAAAGUGCCUUACGAUUUACAGUCUUUUGUUUCUACUAAGAAUCGACUUGGAUUUGUUUUAAUUGAGUGUUUACUGUCUCCACGCCUGUCCUGCAAUGGUCCGCGCUGUUUUCUAGCAUCGACCAGUUUCGUACAACAUUUUGCAUGAGGUCACGGCGGUGGUGUGGUGUCCGCAUGGAAGCCCGGCGGACUGUUGAGCCUGCGCUGCAUCCGUUGCGCGCGCAGUUCCGCCGCGCCCUGCCGGAAUGGACCGCGCGAGUGUCCCGCCGCCGUCGAACUGCGCGAACCAUCGGCCGCUCCAAGGAGGACCCCGCGAAACCCUCGAUACCCCUGCCUCGCCAGAGGCCCUAGAUCCAGAGACUUCGCGGCCCGCGCCGCGCGCGUUACCCUCUAUACCGGAGAGUGAACCUCUUUUGCACGACCCGGUCAGUGCUAGUGUCAGUGAAAAUGUCAAGAAAGCGAACGGGAGAUCUCUACAUGUGCAGUUCGAUGCGCAGUCGCCGCCUGCGCCUGUUUCGGUGUCGAGUUCUAGUUCGAGCUCCUCGGACGACGAGGAUGUGUCAAUUGCGGAGGCCCGACCCCCCGACGGCGGGUGGGGGUGGGUCGUCGUCUUCGCCUCCUUCAUGGUCAAUCUUAUCGCUGACGGAAUCACGUUCAGCUUCGGAGUAUUCUUCCCACACUUCUUGGAGUAUUUCGGCGAGGGGAAAGGCAAAACGGCCUGGAUCGCCGGCAUAUUCAUGGCGAUGCCGCUGCUUUCGGGCCCCAUCGCCAGCUUCCUCACAGACAGAUAUGGAUGCCGGAGAAUGACUAUUUUAGGCUCUAUUCUGGCAACACUCGGAUUCGUCAUAUCGGCCUUCGUAGACAAUAUGGAGACGCUGUUUUUAACUUUUGGCAUCAUGGCCGGAUUUGGCCUAAGUUUAUGCUACGUAGCGGCUGUGGUCAUAGUCGCUUAUUACUUUGAGAAGAAACGCUCGUUGGCUACUGGUAUAUCAGUAUGUGGAAGCGGCAUUGGAACAUUUAUAUUUGCGCCCUUAACGUACGUGUUGUUAGACGAAUAUGGGUGGCGCGGGACAACAUUGAUACUGGCUGGACUGUUUCUGAACAUAGCAGUUUGCGGGUUGCUUUUCAGAGACCUGCCAUGGACGACGACGAUGAACGAGGAAAAAGCGAAAGAAAGAAAGCGCAGACGAGAGAGGAAGCGAAACAAGCGCUACGGUUCAUCCGCCGAUAGUUUCUCGGACAGCAAAAGCAGCGCUGCUGGUUCCACUAAAGCGGCUGACAGAACGAAUGUAGAAACAGUUACAUCUCCAGUGGUGCCCCAGUUCAGUUCUUUAGUGGACCUGCCGACAUUUAUGACUGGCGGGGAGGGGGUAUCGCUUGAAGUGUUCGAGUUGAUGUCGAAUAAAGGUCGCGCGUAUGCGAUUUUGGCUCAGAAUUAUCCUGGAGUCAUGUUGCCGUCUCGGAGUUUCAGUGACAGUGGUAGAUUGCAUGAGCAAUCGCCUCCUAGAGCUUUGAUGUCCCCUACUACGCCAGGGGCUAUGUCUCCUACGAUAAACCAAGCGCCUGAGAGUAAUAAUACUUCGGUCAAUGACAAAGCAGCGAUAUCGUUGUGGCUUCGUCGUCAAGGCGCGCAAGGAUCCACCAAGAAGCCGCCGGCUUUCCUCAAAGACUUGAGGUUACACCGCCACUCUUUGACGUAUAGAGGUGCAAUGCUGAAUAUCAAUAGGUAUAGACUCAGAGCUUCAUCCUGUCCGAAUAUAUUCAAGAAUUCUAUGACCACCAUUGCCAAAGAAAAGGUGCAAUGGUACGCCGGCCUCUGGGACUUCUGGGACCUGGCCGUGGACGUCCUGGACUUCUCCCACUUCCUCAACCCGGCUUUCCUCGUGUUCGCCAUAUCCAACUUCCUGCUUUACGUGUGGUACGAUGUGCCGUACGUGUAUAUAUCAGACAAUGCUAUGCAGAUGGGCUUUACAGAGUCGCAGAGUUCGAUGCUUAUAUCCAUCAUUGGUAUAUUGAAUAUGUUCGGAGAGAUCCUUCUCGGUUGGGUUGGGGACUGGGAAUGCGUGAACGCAAGUCUAGUGUACGCCGUUUGCAUGGUGUUCUGCGGUCUAGUUACGCUGGUCAUGCCGCUAUUAUCCGACUAUUUUGCGUUGGCCGCCGCGGCCGGAGCGUUCGGUGCGUUCAUAGCGGCCAACUAUUCAUUGACGAGUAUCAUAUUGGUGGAGCAGAUAACGCUGGAGAAGUUCACCAAUGCGUAUGGGCUGCUGUUGCUGAUUCAGGGCGUGGCCAAUUUGGUUGGACCUCCGUUGGCAGGAUGGGUGUACGACAUGACAGAGUCUUACGAUCUCUCGUUCUACCUCGCCGGAGUGUUUAUAGGGCUGUCCGGGCUGACGCUGCUGGUGUUGCCAGUAUACGGCCGCGCGAGGAAAUACAACCAAAGGAAAAAUAAACCCGUCGUCGAUAUUGAGGAACAGAAGGUGGGGAACGGGGAAGUGAAACAGAACGGGAAGUUAGUUAAUUGAUGGGUGUAAUUCCAAAUUUGAAAUUGACAUCGCGUUUGUGAAGUUAAAGGUGCGUUCACAUUGUCUGUUUGAAGCGAAUGGUUGAUAUAUGACGGCCUCUGUGGCGCAGCGGUAGUGCGCUUGUCUGUGACACCGGAGGUCCCGGGUUCGAAUCCCGAUUAAGGCAUGAUGAGAAAAGAACUUUUUCUGAUUGGCCUGUGUCUUGGAUGUUUGUCUAUAUAAGUAUUUAUUAUGAAAUAUAGUAUCGUUGAGUUAGUAUCUCGUAACACAAGUCUCGAACUUACUUCGAGGCUAACUCAACCUGUGUAAUUUUUCCCUUAUAUAUUUAUUAUUAUUAUUUAUUAUUAUGAUUGAUGGAUAUAUUUAAUCUCGUUUAUUAUUUGUUAUUUUUGAGGUAAUGAUUUUUUUUAAUCUAUAUAUUAAAUAACCUUGUAUAUUGUAAAAAGCAUAUUAAGUCUGUGCAUAUAAUGCCUUAACAUUGUUAUAAGUAUGAGGAAUCCGAAUAAAAGUUAGUUGUAGCCAUUUGCAUCAGACAAGCAAUAUGAAUGUUCCUUUACUUUCAAUAAUAAAAAAAAAACAUUGUUAAUUUAGCUCCUGUGGAGCGAAACAAUGUAAUAAAAAAUUAUGACGCGAAUGAAACAAAUUUGAGUAAACGAUAACUUAGUAUAUAGAUAACAAAAAAUAUGAAUAGAUGGUUUGUAGAAGUUUUCUUGAAUCUAUAUCUCGCGAGAGUUCCUGGUUGAAAUGCAAUUAGAAUUUAUAGUGUUUUAAGAUGAAAAUGAAUAUUUAAUUGACGCAGGCUUUCGUAUAAAAUUGUGCGGAAAUUAUUAUUGAUAUCUUUUGGGUAUUUUGACAAGUUUAUAUUUGUAUUGUUUUGUGAUUUUUUAUUGAAAGUCUAUGCUGUGGUUAGAUUGUGAAUGAGGCUUUUUGGUGGAAUAUGAAUAGUGGUACAGUCAACAACAUAAAUAAGUAUACAGACCUGAAAUUUUUAUUUAUUCGGAAACGAAUUAUGAUAUAAUUAUAAAAAAUAAUUAUAACUUUCGGUAAUAUAUUUAAACCAUUAGCUUUUUAUAUUAUUAUUGUCUUGGGUCAUGGUGGACCAAAUUAUACAGGGUGUCUGGUAAAUUGCGUUGUCUAUUGAAAUGUGGCAUUCAGUAUUUGAUUCUCGUUCGAAAUAAUUCGGCCGUUCUUCGAUUUAAUAGGUAUAUCCUUCAAAAUGUUACGCGAUUUAUCAGACACCCUGUAUAUAUGUAUGUAUAUACCACAGCACUGUAUACUUAUGUUUUGACUUUACCUAAAUGUAGGAAAUUUUGUGAGUAAAAGACAAUUUGUGUAUGACUAAAUGCACAAUAAAUAAGACCACGAUUGUUAUGACUUUGAACCAAGAAAAUGUAUGUAAGAGUCAAUAUGACAUGAUUAAAAAUGACAAAGAAUAAGAUUUAAAAAUGACAAAGAAUAAUUUAUUUCACGCGCAUUGUCUUUCUUAAAAUAGCUUUUGUUAUAAUGACAAUGGAUAUUAUAACAAAAAAAAAGCAUAAAAAAUUGCUUCAGUAUGAACGAAAUAGGUAGACAUCUGAAUCAGAAUUCAGCAAAGAUGUGCUUUGAUAAGACUAUGAACUUCAUUAGUUCUUAUUCAAACAUAUGAUAGAAUGUAUCGUUGCUAUAUAAAACAGACUUUUUGUAAAUCCAUUUCAAUAAAAAUAUGUCAAAAAUUGUUUAACUUUUUCGCAUUCAAUUUCUCCAAUUAAUCAAUAUUUAUAAAAACGUCACUAGAAUCUUGUAAGUAGCUUAAACUCGAACUGUAAUUGGGUUAUAACGUUAUUAUUAUAGUGAAAUAGCAAGUAAACACCAAAGACUGCCUCACAUUUAAACAGUGAACUAAAUAUGAUCUUCCCAUAGUUUUAAAAGUAGAUACAGCCGAAUAAAGGUCAUAGCUCAUUGGCGCCUCGCUUGAUUAGUAUACUAGCAAUACAUAUAAUCACGUUUUUAUCCCUUACGGGGUACAUAUUCAAAAAUUCAAAUUCAAAAUUCAAAAUAUUUAUUCAUUAUUAUAGGAUACUAUUAUAAUAAUUGUCGUAUGGUUUAACAACAUUGAUUGACGUCAAAUAAAUUACUUAAAAACUAAGUUUACUGCCGCUUCCCUUGGAAGCGUCAGUGCAGAAGAAGCGGUAACAAACUGCACUGCAGCAUUUUCUUCAACAACGUCAACUUCACAAUAUUAAAUUAUACUUAGAAUACUUAGAAUAGAAUAGAAUAGAAGCCAGACAGUCUCGUAAAGACUGAAAGGUGACGUUCAGCUGUAUGGCUUAAUGAUACGAUCACACCUUUUUCCCGAAGGGGUAGACAGAUUACUUCUUUCCACUUCAAGCAAGGUUUUCAGUUUCGGGUACUCUUUUGACCUGACCUUUCCACCGUGCUGACGUAUUUCUUUUUAAUAAAUACAUUUCUAUAUUGUUUACCUUUAUUUAAGUACUUACCUUAAGAAAUAGACUAAAAUACAGUUUGUUUUUUCAACAUUGGAUACAAAGAUUAUAUGUUUAACAUUACAAAAUUACUAUCGGCUGAAAGUUUAGAAGCUAGUGAGCUAUGACCUCCCUUUCUUGCCUAAAACAGUAUAUUUUUUUUAGUCAGCGCAGGCAAAGGGAUUACGGCUUAUAUGAUAACGGUUCUCGGUAGAAAUAUUUAUUUAGAAAAAAAUUAAAUUAUGGGUACCUAUGUAUAUAAUCGAAUGUAACGGUAAGUUCAAAGUUUAUAGUACCAAAUGAAUGUAGCUCGUUUGAAAAGUUUAAUAACUAGUGUAGUGGUAAUGCGACAUUUUGCACAUGUACAAAAUAUUUAACACCAACAGUUUUUUAUAAUAUUGAUGCUUUCUUAAUAUUUUAUUGUUCUGUAGGCUUAGCUUAAUGUCGAUCGACAAACGCCUUCGCCAAAGUGAUAGCCUCUCAGUAAUACAUACAUACAUGUGGUCACGUCUAUAUCCCUUGCGGGAUAGACAGAGCCAACAGUCUUGAAAAGACUGAAUGGCCACGUUCAGCUAUUUGGCUUAAUGAUAAUUCUCUCAGUAAUUAUAGACUUACUCACAAGAUGUCCCGUAGCAUGACACGUGGGAUGAUAGAAAAAGUAUCGCUGUUUCGCUUUUUAUUAUCACGUGAAAAGGGACAGCGUUAUUUUAUCGUGCGAUAAAAUCGUCGAGGCCUAACUAUCGCUCGCGCUACACUAUAAGCGAUACGAAAGCUAGUUGUCAAUGUAAGAAGUAUAGUCGCAAAAUUACGUUAUAUAGGUACUACAGAAGACAGAAGGUGAAAAGAGAAAUAAUCAGUAUAAAAUUACUAUAUUAUGGAAAUAAAAUUAAAAAUAUUUAACAAUAAAAAGCAAUCUGAUAUUUUUUCUAACUAAAAAAACCGUGGCAACCGUUGCUAUGGCGUUUAUAAAGAAGGUUGCCUACAUCACUAAAGCUAAAUAUAAUAUUAAUGUUUUAAAUUCGAAGUUCUUACGGUGAGGGAUAACAUCGUGAGGAAACUUGCACAUUCAGACAACUGGGUAAUCAAUAAUCGACACGUGCCAUGCUACGGGGUAUGAGGGAGGUUUAUAUCUAUAAAUGAUACCCGAAGGGGUGUCGUUACUACAUUACAUGCAGUUAUUACAUCUGAGGCGUUAUUGAAUCUAUAAUAAAAGCGAUUCAGAGCGUUUGACACUUCGCUAAGCCUGCCAUUGUUAAUACAUCCGUGAAUUCGGGACGGGGUAGGCUUUCCUGCAACACAGGGUCUGUAAAAAAAAAGAUUUAAUUCAUUGUUUAUUAUCUUUGAAACCUUGCUAGUUAAUAAAAUAAUCUUGAGGCUUGAGGAAACAUUUGUUCCUAAUUUCUAAAUGUUGAUAACGUGUCAUCUAUAAUGUGGUUUACAUCAAGGUAUAUAUAAAGCAAGCAUGUUGAUCAUAAACUAUGCUUGCUGAGUUUGGCUGGUUUUCAAAAACCUCUUUUUUAAUCCGAGUUAAUAUUAGAAUGAAACUGACGAUCUUUUGGUAAAUUUUGUAGUAUUUUUUUUAUUUUCAUUUUAUGUUUUUCGUUCGCAGUGAUUGUAAUAAAACGGGUAUAAGAUAAAAUUAAAUUCCUUCCCUGUAGCGUUUUAGUAAAUAUAUAUAUUUCGAAUUAUUUUAUUUUCUUUUUAUUUUUCAAUGAACACAAUCGUUCUCAGUAGUUCGACUCUUCAGUUGAUCA